AGGGGCUGCUAUCGGUCCUCUGUGCCCCACCAUGGCGGCCCUGUGCGGGACGGGACUAUCCAGAGGAGGGACCGGAGGGAGGAGCAGCCUGGAACGGUGACGUAGGAUUGGAAUGAGGGAGUGAAUGUUCCGGGUCAGAAACUGGACGGGAGAGGAAAUUAACUGCGGGACGAGACGAAAAAAAACGAGAAUGCUACCCGCCUCUACACUGAGAUGUAGCCUGUGUUUUUUACGCUAACAAACGAGGGCUUUUUAAAGCGGCGGGGGUCGACGUGAGACGAGGAACCAAGUGGAGAAGGAAAAAAAAAACAGGUGCCUGCAAAGUAACCAAAGUGAGACAACGACGGACGGAGAGUAAUUCCCAUGUUCGCCGCGACCUAACCAACGCUAGCUCGGUAACGUUAUUUACAGCUGGAGUUUCGGUGUUUACUCGCGUGUGAGUUUCGCUUCGCUCGUGUUUGACGGUGAAUUUAGUCCAGGACUGUCCCGCCGUAAGCAAUCUGUUGCAUCCCCCCCCUCCCCUCCUUCUCCCCGCCGUUUGUUUAUCGCACGGGUACGAGAUUUAUUCCCACCUCCCCCGUGAUGUUUCACUGUAUACCCCUGUGGCGGUGCAACCGUCAUGUUGAGAUGAUCGAUAAACGCCACUGCUCCCUGCUGUAUGUGCCCGAUGAGAUUUAUCGCUAUGGACGGAGUUUGGAGGAGCUGUUGCUGGAUGCCAACCAACUCCGAGACUUGCCCAAGCCAUUUUUCCAGCUGGUGAAAUUAAGAAAACUUGGUCUGAGUGACAAUGAGAUCCAGAGACUUCCACCAGAGAUAGCCAACUUCAUGCAACUGGUAGAGCUGGAUGUCUCUCGAAAUGAUAUUAUGGAAAUUCCAGAGAGCAUUUCAUACUGCAAAGCUCUCCAAGUGGCAGAUUUCAGUGGAAAUCCAUUAACAAGGUUACCUGAAAGCUUUCCAGAGCUGCGGAAUCUUACAUGCCUUUCCAUCAAUGAUAUUUCAUUGCAAGUUCUUCCAGAUAACAUUGGAAAUCUUUCCAAUUUGGUAUCACUAGAACUCAGAGAAAAUCUGCUCACAUUCCUACCAGAGUCACUAUCUCUGCUUCAUAGACUUGAAGAACUCGACCUAGGAAAUAAUGAACUAUACAGUCUGCCAGAGUCAAUAGGCUGUCUUGUCAGCUUAAAGGACUUGUGGCUGGAUGGAAACCAGUUGGCUGAAAUACCUGCAGAGAUGGGCAGUAUGAAAAGCCUGCUGUGUCUGGAUGUGUCAGAAAACAAACUAGGGCAACUUCCUGAGGAGUUGGGAGGCCUGCAGUCACUAACUGACCUUCUGGUGUCUCAGAACCUCAUUGAUGCUCUACCGGAAAGCAUUGGAAAACUACGGAAACUUUCUAUAUUGAAAGCUGAUCAGAAUAAAUUAACAUACCUUCCAGAGAGCAUUGGCAACUGUGAAAGUCUUACUGAACUUGUGCUCACAGAGAACCAGAUACAGAGUUUGCCCAGGAGUAUUGGGAAAUUGAAGCAUCUUUCCAAUUUCAACUGUGACAGAAACCAGCUAGUGUCGUUACCCAAGGAGAUCGGAGGCUGCUGCGGUCUGAAUGUCUUCUGUGUACGAGAGAACCGACUGACGAGGAUACCAUCAGAGCUGUCACAAGCCACAGAACUCCAUGUGUUCGAUGUAUCUGGCAAUAGGCUCACCCACUUACCAAUGUCACUGACCACGCUACGACUAAAAGCCUUGUGGUUGUCAGAAAACCAGUCGCAGCCUCUCCUCACCUUUCAGACCGACGAGGAUCCUGAAUCGGGCGAGAAGGUGCUCACCUGCGUGCUGCUGCCUCAACAGCCAUGUGAACCAGACAAUAAAGGCUCUGAUAAACUUGCCCGCUUUGGAGCCCUGGAGAGCCUGGUGAAUGACAUGGCAGAUGACACAUGGAACAACAAAGCCAUGAACAGGACCAGUGCCAUUCACUUCCUGGAUGAUGAUGAUGAGGAGGAGGAUGACGAAAAGGGAACUCUACUUCGGCGGGCCACGCCUCAUCCCGGUGAGCUGAAAACGAUGAAGAAAGCAGCCGAGAACCUCCGCAAUGACCUGAACGCUGCCAAAGGCCUGGACUCCAACAAAAAUGAGGAGUGUAGAAAUCCUCAUACUAACCCGUCCCCCAAGACCAGUAGCCAAAACUGGGCCACCACAGGUUUCAGCUGGGUGGCAAACAAAGAGUGUCCACAGGGGGGACCUCAACCGUUCCCAGCCAGCAACCGCAUGUGUGGGUGCACCAGUGCAGAGAAGGCGGCAGAGGAAAUUGAGCAACCUAAGGAGGAUGGUGCCGGCCAGCUGUCAGAGAGUGACGCCUUCCCACGUCGGUUUCGCCAUCAGAGGGGUGAAACCCGAGAGGGCAGGAAAUUUCAGCAUCACAGAGCUUUUAAUACUGAGUCUGGUCUCCAUGGAGACCCUGUCCACAACAUAAAGAUCUCCUCCAUCACAGGGCAUCUGAAAUCUUCUUUGGUGACAGAGAAGACCCCUCCUCAGGAAUCACUCAUCUCUCAAGUGCCAUUAAGAUUACAGAUCAAAGUGUGUGGCCAGAGGAGUAGUCUGGGAAUCAGCAUUGCUGGUGGGAAAGGCUCUUUGCCUUACAAAGACCGUGAUGAAGGCAUUUUCAUUUCCCGAGUAACAAAAGGGGGGCCAUCAGAAAAGGCAGGGGUCCAUGUUGGAGAUAGAUUGCUGGAGGUCAACGGCCUCAGCAUGCAGGGGGCCACCCAUCACGAGGCGGUCAGCGCCCUCAGGAAUGCCGGGAGCUGCAUCAAGAUGAAAGUGCUCAGAGACAGGCUGCUGCAUCAAGAGGUGUGUGACCUGGACAAGCCUCAGGAUGCUCAGGUUGUGAAGGGACGACAGCUCUGCAGCCAGGACGGCGGAGGCCAGAGGAGCAAACAGUCCAAGAUGGAGAGCACAGAAGACUGUUUGUCCAAGAAGAUUGAGGCGGUUGUCUGCAACGGCAACGGCAUUUCUGAUUUGGAGAGCGACCUGAAUAGGACCUUAUCUGAACUGGAAGCAGAGGCAUUAACGAAAAAUGAUUCACUUCAAGUUGGCAAGCACACAAUGACAAUCCCACGGAUCAUCCUUACUCAUCCUUCUACCUCAGAUGAAGAUGUGGAGCUCUUGACACAGAACCCUGGCAGAGAGGCAAGACAUGACUUUGACAUUCCUGACAAACGUGAACACCCUGACUGUUUCGACAGUGCCUUCUACCCACCCUGACCACAGGAUGGGGGUGCAUGGUACAUGAAGGACACAGACUGUUAUUACCCUGAUCUUUGUUUUGUUUUUUUAGCUACUGAAGAAUUUUCAGUGAUGUUACUGUGGAGGAUUAGUGUAAAACAAAGCUGUUGGAAUGUGUUUUUUUUACUGUCACUGUAAAGCUUUUUCUGUGUCAGAUUCAACUGCUGCUAAUAGUAUUUGGUGAUAUUAAAGUCAUUUACAAGAAUGGGGAACUUACUGAUUUUAUUUUUGUUACUAAAACCAACAGAGUUUUGCCUUUAUAAUUACAGUGAACAGCAAAACAUGAACAGACUGUUCUCUAAUGUCCAAAUGAAAUAAUGUUAAAUACAGUCAAUUAAACACUGAAUGCUGCUGGCUACCUCUACUUCACAUCACUGUGCUGUAAGUUAUGGAUGUGCUGGUAAAUAGCGUACCUGCCUGUGACAUUGUGAGGCCCUCAAACUUUUUAUAGUCUGUACUGAGAUAAAAUACCACAUGGCUGAACAGAGUUCACAGCAGGGUGUCCAAGUCCUGCAGAGUCCUAAAACAGACUGAACUCUGCUUCACAUCCUCACACACCUGCUGUACAAGUCGAAGUCAGACUCGUGAGAUUAGACAUUCUUAGUAUACAUGAUAUGUUUCUGAAAAGAAACGCUGUCAGAUUAAAGUCUAGAAUGUACAAACUAUAGAUGUCAAUACCUGCCUUGUAUUAUUUUACAACUUUAUUACAAUACUACAAUAUUUUCACAGUAACAAGAGAUAAUUGUUAAGUGUUCAUUUUCUCAAUAAAGUGCAAAUAUAUUGUUCCAA